CCGAGCCAGGCGGUCCCUCCACAGGUUUAAAUGCUCGCGCGAACUCACUUAUUGUGAGUUUAGAGUUUCGAGAAGCUCAGAAUCGGGGAAAUCACUAAUAAGUCAAUAAUAAACGUGCGGCUGCAGAAGAAGACGACGAGAUGUCAGCUGAGAGGCCUCUCCAGGAGCUGCCGUGUCUGAGUGAGAACCUCGAUGGCUCUCUGCUGUGCAUGUCACAGUCCAAAGCAAAGAAAAGGCCGUGUGCAUAUGGAGACGGUCUGCACACUGAAAACACUCCUCACGAGCUUAUCCAGAACUGGUCUCCUCCCCAUAAACAGCCACGGCCCUGUGCCAAGGGCAAAGAGAACUGCUUUGUCCUCGCCAGACGCCCCAGGAGGAGCAGAGACACAGCGGGGGUUCUGUGUUGGGACACUCUCCCUGACGAGCUGCUGUUGGGGAUUUUCUCUUGUCUCUCACUGCAAGACCUACUCAGGACAUCCCGCGUCUGCAAGCGCUGGCAUCGACUGGCGUUUGAUGAGUCACUGUGGAACAGCGCUGACUUGGUGGGAAAAGCACAACUGAACAGCGAGCUGGGUCAGGUGCUCACAGCGGGGGUGUCGAGGCUGCGCUGUCCACACUCAUGCAUCGGUGAACCCUGCUUUAAGAACACACAACUCCUGCGUGUCCAGCAUUUGGACCUGUCCAGCUGUACUGUGCAGACAUCUGUGCUGGAGGACAUCCUGUCGCGCUGCAGACGGCUGCAGAACCUCAGCAUGGAGGGACUCGUGCUUUCUGACUCCAUCUUCCGAUCUUUGAGUGAGAACACAGAGCUGGUGCGGCUGAACCUGUGCGGCUGUUCUGGUUUUUCUGCGGACUCUCUGACUGAGAUGCUUCAAUCCUGCACAAAGCUUGAGGAGCUGAACGUGUCGUGGUGUGACUUCAGCAGUGAACAUGUUAAGGCUGUCGUCAACAACAUCCCGUCCACCAUCACUCAGUUAAAUAUCAGCGGUUACAGACAAAGUUUUACCAUGGAUGAUGUAAAGGUUUUGGUGGAAAGAUGUCCGAAUCUCACGCAUUUAGAUUUGAGUGACAGUGUCCUUGUGACUACAGACAGUUUCCCCUUCCUGCAGAAGCUCUCCUCACUGAGACAUUUAGCACUGAGCCGCUGUUACCAGAUUCACCCAGCUGCUCUCGUAGAGUUUGAGAAGUUCGUGACUCUGCAGACCCUGGAGGUGUUUGGUCUAAUACAGGACAGCUCCCUGCCCAUCCUGAGUAAAGGGUUGCCACGGACACAGAUCAACACCCAGCCGUUCUCAGGUGUGGCCCGUCCCACUGCGGCAACGCGAAAAGACCGCACGCUGUGGGGAAUGCACUGUCGACUGGUGUAUAAACCCUAACCGGUGCUGCAGCACAGUUUAGCUAGGAGCCAAACAAAAGGUGCCUUUUUUUUUUUUAGGAUGUUUUUAAAUAAUGAAUAGGUUUAAGUGAUAAUGUGGAAACCUUGUGAAGUCACUGUUGUCAUGGUGAUAUCAACUAGCAUGCUGUAUAAAUCGCUUCUCGCUUGUAGGAAACAGGAUCUUUCCUUGAUUUCAUACGUACUGAUCGUGUAUGGACUGUAGAUGUGCAUCAACACUUUUGCACUUUCAACUGGUUUACAACUUGUUUCUGUGAGCAAAGAAUGUGAAUUGAUCUCACAUGCUUUUUGUUACCACUAGCGAUAACUACAGCUUUUUGCAAGGUAAAGGACCUCCACUGCAAUGUUGGUUUUUAUUCCUUUUCAAGUUUUUAGGAAAAAGAUGUGAAAAACAACGAUUUUAGACCUUUACAAAGCAUCAACCUAACUGUGAAUGACUUCUAGUGCUUUAACGUGUUAUUAUAAUGGUGUUUUGUUCAGUUCAGUAGUUUUAAACUAGAUGUGUUAUCAUGUAUUGUUUGUUCCAGAUCCUCAUUUUAAUAAAUUAGUGAAUCAUAGGGAUGCACCCAUACAAUACAGAAAUCAGAAUUUUGAGUAAAGACUAAAAGGUACAGCUGGGUUUCUGAGUGGCACAGUGGUUGUACCCCAUCAUUAGGAGAUUGAGGGUUCAAACCUUGACAUUGUUGCAUCUGUGCUUAGGAACCUGAGAGGGCAUCACUGGUCCUAUGAUUCAUUUGGGAUAUGAGUAUUUUUAUUUUUAUUUUUUUCCCCCUUAAAAAAAAUCUGUUGACAUUAUUUUUUCAGCUAAUAAUGUUGAACUCUUAAUUCUGAUUGGUUAGGAUGGGUUUUUUUUCUUUUCUUUUUUUGUUUGUUUAUUAAAUAAGAGCAGAUCUUAGAAUAGUGCUGGCUGUAACUCAAAUGUAUGAUUGAGACUCCACUUAAAUGGGUUAAAAACGAGGGUUGUUUGAUCUAUUGAAGUUUUCUCUGAGAUGUUUAAAAACUUUUUAUAGGCGUCUCAGUGUGUCCGUGUUUAUAACUGAGGGUAAAGUUGUACCUUGCAUUUUCUGCUAUAAAAAAAGUCUUGGGAAUACGAGUUUCCAGUUCAUCGGUAACAUGACAAGUUGCAUUUUGUGUUAUUUAAUGAGAGAGAGGCUGGUGAGAGUGACUGCUUAAAGCUGCUAUAUCAAACCUGUUUUGCUUUCUUAACUUAAAAUGUAAUGAUAACUGGACAAAGUAUAACCUGUCAUUCUCUGAAAUAAAAAAUGUAAUCAUUGGCACAUUGCCAUGAAUAAAACAUUGUGCUGUUAUUAGAAAAUAAAUCAACUGGAACACUGUCACAAUUAUUUUCCAGGGUUUUAUUCAUUACUUACAAGAUGACCAUUCUGAUCAUAACCAAGUUAUGAGUGUCAUUUAAGAGGAGUGUAUCCAGCAUGUAUUAAAUAUACAUCAUUAGAUAAGAUUGGAAAACAUGUCCAGUGUUUCAGUACUGAUCUUCUGUAUGAUUGGUGCAUCCCUCCUACAUGCUUACUUGCUUUGUACACUGUGCAGAGUUUUUGUUUGAGACCUUACAGCAUUAAAAUAAGUCUGCUGCAAUAAGUAGUGUUCAGUUCACGUGGUAAAGCAACUAGCUUAUAAAAGAAAGUUACCAGCUCCUGGGCAAUUGUCUGUCCUGACAAUCACAAGUCUGCUCCCUGAUCCUCAGCUCAUGUCUUGACUUGGCUAAUCUGAAGUACUAUAGAUCAGGAUUUUUUUUAUUUAAAAACCCUUAUCCCCUAAAAGUUGCUAUUUCGGGAAACCUGCUGCAAUAUAUUUAACUCACUUUGUGUGACAUUUCACUGAAAUAUUUUCUAUUCAUAACUUCUAAAUAAUUAGAAGAGUCAAGUCUGCAAAACAGAUCUGCCAAAUGUUUCCUGGUUGAUUUUAAUUUGUUCUUAAAUGUGUAGCAGG